AUGACCGACAUCAAACCCAAAUCCAGCGACCGCGAAAUAGCACGUGAAUUGGACUGGACUAUCGACUCUCUGUUUCCUCUCACGGAUAAAGUCGCCAUCGUCACGGGUGCCAACUCACUAUCCUCCAUAGGUGGUAAUAUCGCACUUCAGCUGGCCCUCAAAGGUGCCAAAGUAUACGUCGGUGCUCGCAGCCUCUCCAAAGCCAACGCUGGUAUCAAAGAAAUUAUCUCCCAGUCGUCUUCUAUCGAUCCUUCAAACCUCAAGCCGUUCGUCGCAGCUGUCGAUGAGUACGCCGCAGUCAGAGCGGCGGCUGAGGCAUUCCUGCGGAAGGAGACCAGAUUAGACAUUCUCGUCAACAACGCUGGCAUUUUCCCACUGUCGCUGGAGUACGAUCAAUAUGGGAUCAACAAAGUCAUGGCGACGAAUCAUCUGGGACCGUUUCUUCUCACCAUGAUAUUGCUUCCCCUGCUCAAGGCGACAUCCGCUGCCACGCUAAAUAGCGACGUCCGUAUCGUCAACGUCUCCAGCACUGCAAUUGAUGUCCUCCCACUAGGCCAUUCUUUCGCCUCGUUCGAAGCCUGGAACGAUUCCUUCGGCGGUGAUGACUACCCGCUACAGUUUCUACAUCGCUAUUCUUACUCGAAAGUCGCGAACGUACUCUUUACGAAGGAGCUGCAGCGACGACUUGAUCAAAACGGGUCGCGUAUCCUAGUGACGGCCGUGCAUCCUGGUGUAGUGGCUACACCUGGCGCUAAAACGGUACUUGGGGUCGAAAGUGAGGAGUACAAGGCUUGUAUCACGCCGUACGAGGGAGCUUUGACGGAGGCAUGGUGCGCAGCGCAUCCGGAGGUUAGGGAUAGGGAAGAUGAGUUUAAGGGAGCCUUUGUUGUACCGUAUGGUGUCGCGAGAGGUGUGACCGGGUUGGCAGAGGAUACAGAGGAGGCCGAAAAGUUGUGGGAUGCCAGUGAGAGGAUCCUGGCUGAGAUAGUCAAGGCCUAA